GGCAAAAUGUGAAUUAGCGGAGCGGAACCCCGGAUUUCCUGUUUAAUUUCUGUACUUUUCGUCCGUUUGAAGCACAAUGGACACUACCGGGGAUUACGUUUGUCGUCUUUGCAUGGCAGAAGGAGCGUCGGAUUCGGAUUCGCUACAGUUACUGAACACAAACGAAGAGUUGGUGCAAAUAAUCCACGCCUUGACCACGGUGGAGAUCAUUCUAGACGCUGACCAGCAGUACUUUAUCUGCACAUUAUGCCAGCAAUCGGUGAUGAACUUCAACUGCUUCCGCGAGCAGUGCAUUGCAAACGAUCAAAUAUUCCGCCACAAGCUCCUGGAAGUUACGGAGUUCAAAGAGGUAGUACCAUUCGAGGAUGCGCCGGAAGAGGAGGAGAUAAUCACAGACGAGCUCAUAGAACAGCUACCGGGCGAUCCAACGAUAGGCGAAGACGAGGCAUCACUCAACGCCGAUUCGCACUCGAUUCAGGAGGAAAUGCCUACCCAGAUGGUUGAAGAAAUUCUGAUCACGCCGCUUGAAUCGGUGCCUGAAAUGGAAUCGUAUGCGAGUGACUCUUCCUCGACCAAAGACGCCAAACCGAUCACUGGUCGAGGAAAAACGCAAACCGCAAAGAGCAAGGACAGUCACGGCAACAAACUCCCUUGCGUACAGUGCGGUAAAAUGAUAGCGAGAAACAACAUGAAGCAACACCUGCUGGUGCACGAUCCUGAUCGGCCCAAGGUAUUCUGUACGUACUGUGGAAAGGCGUUCCAGGACCAGGGCCGAAUGCAGCUGCACAUUAACAGUAACCAUACGCUGGAGAAUAAGUAUCCGUGUGAGAUUUGCGGCAAAACUUAUCUCCGGCCCACGUCGCUGCGUGAUCACAUCAAAUCCAAGCACACACAGGACAAGCAGUACCAAUGCAGCGAGUGUGGCCUGAUUUUUAACAGUUGGGCGACACGAUGGCAUCACUUCAAGAAGGAACACACGACCGCAAAACCGUUUGCCUGUACCUACUGCGAUUGGGCAUUUAAAUUCAAGGGUGAUCUGACGCUGCACAUUCGGAAGCACACCGGCGAGAAACCGUUCAAGUGCGAUAUCUGCGGCAAGGCCUUCAACAAGAGCUACAACGUGGUGAUACACAAAAAGUCGCACCGGAACAAGGAACCCCCCGCAGCAGAGGCCACGUCGUAGAGUAGACGCGCCGAGGUGAAGCACGAUUGUAACUCUCUCUAUUAUUUAUGUUAGAAAUGCUACGAAAUGAAAUACAACAUUAUGUCGUACGUUAUUUUUAAA